UUGAUCAUUUGAGAGCUUGACAAGUCACUGUGGUUCAUUAGUUCAGCUUUGUGAGAUAAUUAAUGGUAUCGAGGAGACAUUAUUAGUGAGGAAGGCAAGGAAAGAGAGAGAGACUCCCCAAAGACUGCUUGGUUGAGCUUCCUGUACGUUUUUUAUUUGUCAUUUGGGAAAUUCAUCACAUCAUCCAAUAUCUACAUCUGUAAAUUACUUUCAUUAUGACAAAAGCAGCAAGGACUGAUAUAAGCAUCUAGGUUUUCAUUUUCUUUGAGAUAAUGGCAUUGUAUGUUCAUUGGUCAUAAAUGUGCCAGGAUGGAUGCAUUAGAAAUACGAUGGUGAUGUUUUGAGGCAGCCUCAGAUAUUAUACAUUCGUUGCAUUCUUUGUAUUUCAAGCAGAGGACUAUGGCACGAAAUUGGAAAUGUACCCUUGGACCGAGAAGGAACCGAAUAUUGGUUACUAUGUAAGGAGUUUACAGAGCUUUUUUUUUUCAUUUUGAUUAGCAUCUUAGAUGGCCGCACCUUAUAGAUGCAUACCUCCCAAGACUCGAGAAAAGAACCACAUAAGCAAUGGAGCAGUCAAAGCCAGUCAGCCCAUCCAGAUCAAUGGUGUUCUUGGACGGAGAGCUAAUGGCCUUCAAAAUGAGAAACUCUCCAACAGUCUUCCACCGGCGACCUCAGGUCAGACCACGUUUCCUCAGCUUUCCUUAGGCCCUAAGAGUAGCACCAUGGGGGAGUCCUUACCCCAGCUCACCAAUGUUCAGGGGCACCUAGUGGCCUCUGGUAUUCACCAGACAACCAUUGGCGAACAUAUAAAGGCUCAUAGACAACCUACCAAAUUAGAUGAACUGAAAAGAACAUCUAAGAAUGAAGGGAAAGAAGGCAGAGUACACAUGAAACCGAAUGAAGCCAUGAUGUACUACCGAGACAAGCUGACGGUCUUUGAAGAAGCAGAGAUCCUGGACUACCAGGAGGUCUGGUUCUUGGGCCCAGAGGCCAAGAAAGUCGAGGGUGUCCAAGGGGCGUCGCAGAACAAUGGCUAUGAUGACGAGAAUGGCUCAUAUAUUAAGGUAUUACAUGAUCAUUUAGCAUACAGAUAUGAGAUCUUAGAGGUCAUAGGUAAAGGGUCAUUUGGUCAAGUCGUCAAAGCCUAUGAUCACAAGCUAGGAGAGAUGAUUGCAAUUAAGAUUAUACGCAAUAAGAAAAGAUUUCACCACCAGGCAUUAAUAGAAGUCAAGAUAUUAGAUGCACUAAGGAGAAAAGACAGAGACAACUCACACAAUGUGAUCCACAUGAGAGAAUACUUCUACUUUAGAAACCAUUUAUGUAUCACCUUUGAAUUAUUAGGUAUGAAUCUGUAUGAAUUAAUCAAGAAAAACAACUUCCAGGGCUUCAGCGUUGCCCUCAUCCGUCGGUUUGCCUUCUCCCUGCUGCAGUGCCUACGCAUGUUACACAAAGAACACAUCAUCCACUGUGAUCUUAAACCAGAGAACAUUCUACUCAGACAAAAGGGUCAGAGUUCAAUCAAGGUCAUUGACUUUGGCUCCAGUUGCUAUGAACACCAGAGAGUGUACACCUACAUCCAGUCCCGUUUCUACCGAUCCCCGGAGGUGAUCCUUGGGCUCCCCUAUGGUCUCCCUAUUGACAUGUGGAGCUUUGGCUGUAUCCUGGCGGAGCUCUAUACAGGCUACCCGCUCUUCCCAGGGGAGAAUGAGGUGGAGCAACUAGCAUGCAUCAUGGAGAUCUUUGGACUUCCUCCACCUCACAUCAUUGAAGAAGCUCAAAGGAGAAGACUAUUCUUUGAUUCAAGAGGGAACCCAAGGUGCAUUACAAACAGUAAAGGAAAGAAGAGGCGACCCAACACAAAGGAUCUGGGUUAUGCAGUCAAGACAGGCGAUCCUCAGUUCUUAGACUUUAUCAAGAGAUGUUUAGAAUGGGAUCCCUCCCAGAGGAUAUCGCCAGACCAAGCCUUGCAGCAUGCCUUCAUCCAAGAGGGCAUCCCACAUGCCAAAUCCAAGGACAAACACCGGUCAUCCAACGUCACCGCUUCCUCCUCCUCAUCCACCGCCUCCACCACCAAUCACCAUCAUCAUCACCAUAGAAACAAGCAUCAACACAGUACGCAUCACCAGCAAACUGUCAGAGAGAUGCAAAAGGAGGAAGCGGCAUCUAAGGAGCAGGAGGUCAAGGGUGAAGGGUCAAGUGGAGGGGUCUUCCAGCUGCCGGCGGUGAAUAAGGGCGUGGUCCAGGCCAAGGGCAGCGCCAAAGGGAGCGCCAAGGGCAGUGCAAGGGUGAGGGAAAGGAAGGAGAAGCAGAGCAACUCAACUAAGGAAAAUACAGAUUCCUCAGAAGUCCUGAAGAAAAAUGGAUUGCGACUUUCAAGAGAAAAGUCUAAUCUAAAUACCAAGUCUGAUUUUGUCAUGCCACCAAUUCAACUUGGGAACGUUGACCUGACAGCAGAGAAACCAGUUAAUAAGGUCAAGCCACUUCUUGCGGAAGAUAAAGCCCCCUCUAUGGAGGUCAUUGAGGUUGAGGAUUCGGAGAAGAUUAUUGAAAACUUAGAACUCGAUGAAAAGAACGAGACAAAACAAAGCGGCCAAUUCUUACCGAGGAUUGUAUAGCGUAGGAGGACAGUUGUUACCCUUGUUUGUAGAGCACAGGACUCAUUAGAGGUAGACUAGGAACAACUGCAUGGCUCAGCAGUGAGGACUCCUUAGGAGCUGUAGUUUGUAGAAAUCUAGUGGAAUGGAUCCUAUAUGAUGAUCUCGAGGGUGCCUACUUUUAAAAGGAAGGGGUCAUAUGCCCAUGAGGACAAAAACAAAGAAGAUCAUAUCUUCAGACCUGCACCCAUGCACCUUUUCUUUGAGCUCAGAGGAUCACGAUUCGGACAUCUGUACCAUCCAUCAGUCGUUGAAGAAUGAUGAAAUAUGUCAUCAUGUUCUGAGUGGGUGGUGUGCCUAUCUGAAGACAUCACACAUCUGUGCCACUCAGUCUUUGAAGGUUGAUUGCACAUGAGAGCCACCGUGUUCCGAGUGAGUGGUGUGAUCAGAAGUGCCUAUCUGAAGACACCAGUCAAAGACAACACCUACCAUUUGUGCACAUUCAGCAUCACUUUCAAAAUUUUACACCAUCACCA